GUAUCGCUAUAAGCCUCGAAUGCACCGUAUGAGCCGCUGCUGCCGCGGCUAGAUGACAGAAGUGGGCCGAAGCGUUCCCUUAUUUGGAAAAUAUGUGAAUUGUUUGCUUCCGUUGUCGGGCUGUGGCAUCGCCCAUCACUGACUGUCAUCCGAGUCAUAUUAACGGGCGCUUCCCUGCUCUAAAGGAGUCUAAACUUUCCAAUCCGUACUCCUCAAUAACACGCGCACCUCCCGAUUUUCACCGCUUACAAAAAAAGACUCUUUGAAAUCCAUUGACGACUUUCACGUUCUGGCCUCGCUCUUUGCUGUUUUGUUGUCUUUAUUUUCUCCUGACGUCCAGAUUCACGAACGAUCUUCUCUGCUCUGUAAACGAACAUGGCCGCACGUGUCAUUCCUCUCACUUGCUCUGGGCACACUAGACCUGUGGUUCAUCUCAGCUUCUCCCCUAUGCUGGAAGAUGAAGGCCAAUACCUCCUCAUCUCUAGCUGUAAAGAUGGAAACCCUAUGCUCCGUAACUGGCUUGGCGAUUGGGUCGGCACUUUCAUUGGUCACAAGGGGGCUGUCUGGAGCUCUAAGCUCUGCACUGACGGUUCCAAGGCUGCUACAGGAAGUGCCGAUUUCACUGCUAAAGUGUGGGAUACCUAUACUGGUUCCCAACUUCACUCGUUUCCUCACAAUCACAUCGUCCGAACUGUCUGCCUCUCUCCUUCUGCUUCGCAUCUUCUCACUGCUGGACACGAGAAGAAAGUGAGAUUGUUCGACCUCACACGUCCAGAUUCAGAACCCUCCUUUUUGAGACGUCCGAACAGCGUUGAUGCACAUGAUGCCGUGAUCAAGAGCGUGAUUUGGGAUGCCGAUCGAGCUGUCGGCGUCAGUGCAGGAGACGACAAGAUCAUCAGAUGGUGGGACUUGCGAGCGCUACAAGAAAUUCAUUCUGUUACGUUAGAUGAUCCUGUGUCAUCUAUGGAACUCUCGGCGCCAAACAACACGCUUGUCGUCACCUCGGGCAAGAACGUGUCAUUCAUGCCUCUUGUCCCAGGCUUGUUUCCUACGCAUAAACUUACCUUACCUCAUGCCCCAUCAUCUGCCAGCCUGCAUCCAAAGUCAAAGGAUCGAUUCGUUGCAGGUAGUACCUCCGAUCCGUGGGUGAGGGUAUACGGGUAUCAGGAAGGAGAAGAGAGAGAAGUGUACAAGAGCCACCAUGGGCCGAUACACUGUGUCGAGUAUAGCCCUGAUGGUGAAAUAUACGCCUCAGGGAGCGAGGAUGGCACGAUUCGUCUCUGGCAGACGAUUCCUGGAAAAACGUACGGUCUUUGGCAGGGGCAGGAUUAGGUACUUGAGGCAUUUGAUUGUAUCCACUGCACUGUUCAGGUUGCUGUCAGGAGCAAUGAUGAUGAUGAUUUCGAAAUCGCGAUACCGAACACAUUCUGCACUACUAUCCGAGAGACAACUACAAGAUGUAGAAAGCUAGCUAUUGUUGACAUAAGUAAAUAAGGAUAACCCACUGGAGUAUGAU